CGAGAUAUCACGUUUUUGGGAAAUACCCCGAUUGGUGAGUUCCACGAAAUGGCAAGACGGAACGGUAUUAUUGUGAUUGGUCUCAAGUCAGGUGGUUUUGAUGUGACAUUUACCAUCUCAGUUAGUAUUAAAAGGAUCAAAUUAAAAGGUUUCAUUUCUGACCAAUCAUCAUGGCUGAGGGAGCCGUUGGACUGACCAAUGGACCCACCUCAGAUUUCGAAGUGCUGUGUGGUCCAGCGUCCGAGGCAACAACUCCUGUCAGCCUGAGCCACAUUAACCCAAUGACUGGGUCACAGGGGCCAGGGUCAAUAACAGAUAUCACACUAGAACAAGCUCUGGCCAGAGUCCGUGAUCUGUCGAAGGAAAAUGCAGAACUCCAAAGUUACUUGCGGGAAAAUAAUGAGAUGAUGAAGCGUCAGUUUGAAACUCUUUCAAAGUGGAAGCAGAAAGUCCACGAGGCUAACCAGACGAACCGAGAGAAGUUUGACCAGACAAAAUCUCUCAUCAUCAGUUUGAGAAAGAACAAGGAUGAACUACAGGAACGCAUCGAUGAACUGGAACAGACGAUGAGGGAGAGAGAGAAUGACUUCCUAACUCGCCUUCGCACCAUGGAGACGGCGAAGGCCACCAGCCAGCAGGUUGCCAUUAGUUUGAAGCGACAGGCAGAAGAACAGGGGAUGUCCAUGACGGAACCAGACAUUAACAUCCAAGAAACGGUCAUGGUUGCCAUGAGUGCCGAGAAAGAAGAAAUGAUCCAGGAUCUUGAGGACAAGGUGAGAAUGCUGGAAAGCAACGUUUCCGACCUGAACGACACGAUAGCGCGACGGGAACUCAAAGUGCAGCAGUUCCGAGCGAAUGCCGACCAGCUGCUGAAAGACCUGGAGUCGGCGCAGGCCAUCAAGGACGAAAUGCAGAAAGAAAAUGCCCAACUCAGCGAGGAGAAGUUCAGACUCCAACAGCGACUGCACAGCUUGAUUUCCGACACCACCACCUCUCUCCGGCUCGUCGAGAGAGGUCAGAGGUUGGGACAUCCCAACGUGGAGGGUGAUAGACUGAUGGGGAAUGCCGAGUCGGAACCAGUGGAGGUGACUCAGCUUAUUGACCAGUUACAGAGAGCUCAGAAACAGCACGAACAAGAAGUGUCGCAUCUCAAGCAGGAAAUGCAAGAAAAACAUGAAAAGGAGAAAUCAGUCACUGAACAGUUGAAGUGCUGUGAACAGGAAAAAGCAAACCUGAUUCAACGACAUGAGAAUGAAAUCACGAAGAUCAACAAAGAACAUGACCAGAAGAUAAUGGAGUUUAUCAGACAGCACAACACAGAAAAAGAACAACAGCUGCAGUCAGUGUCCUCGUCACACGACAACGACGUUCAGUCACUGCGAGCUCAAGUGUUGACACUGAUCAGCGAGGUGCACGAGACUCAGACGAAACUGGCAGUGGCUACCAGCACACUCGAGAAGAAAGACGUCAGAAUCAAAGAUGGCGAACAGAAGAUAACAAAACUUUGGGAAGAGCUAAAUUAUCAAAAGCAGGAAUCUGAUCGCAUUGUUGCAAAUCUAGAAAUAGCUCUUGAAAACACCAAGAAGAACUGGGAACAGGAACGGGCAGAACACCAAAGGACAAAAUAUCACUUUCAAGAGCUACAGAAAUCUUUCAACCAGCUUGUUGAUGACUACAAGGAACUGUUAGAUACAUUUGAGCAAUACAAUCAGGAUGAGAAUCAACGAAGCCAAUCUGAUCGCCUCAGUGAAUUAGCCGCACAAGUGAUGGCUGCCAACGAAACAAUCUGCACUCGUCAGGAACAGAUAGAAAACCUUAAUGUUGAGAAGCAGCUACUGAUAGACGAAUUCCAGGAGAUGGAAUGUGUUUACAAAGCACAGGAUGAGAAUCAACGAAGCCAAUCUGAUCGCCUCAGUGAAUUAGCCGCACAAGUGAUGGCUGCCAACGAAACAAUCUGCGCUCGUCAGGAACAGAUAGAAAACCAUAAUGCUGAGAAGCAGCGACUGAUAGACGAAUUCCAGGAGAUGGAAUGUGUUUACAAAGCACAGGCUGAGGUUUACAAGACUGACUUUGAGGCGGAGAGGCAGGCGCGGGAACAACAAGUGUGCGAGAAGGAGCAGAUUCUUCAGGACAUGCAGGAGCUACAGGUGAACAACCAGCAGCUGAUGGACAAGCUCAAGUCGUCACAGCGACAGGUGACCGACAUGCAGCGAGGCCCCGCUUCAACCGGACAUCCACCUGUGUUCAGACCACCCGAUCAGGCUACGGUGGGAGCAGUGACUGGACAACCACCACCUAUACCGUACCAGAACCCUUCACAAGGCCACCAGCCCCCUGAGAGACCUCCGAAUGCCUAUCAGACCGGGCCCAUUUAUCCGCCCACUGGCGACCACCACCAGCAUGAUGAAGAUGAACCCCUGGUGUGUCCACAGUGUAACAUAGAGCUCCCCAAUAUGGACUUGCUCCAGAUACAUGUCUUAGAGUGUCUUGACAAGUACGAAUUCAACAACCAGAGGUCGUGAUAACGCGAGUCACUGAUAUUAUUACCUUCAAGACUCUUGACACUUGUUCCCCCAUGCUUAUAAAACCUUUAAAAGUCCAGACUUAACUGAAGUCGCAGUUGCUGUCUGCAGUUUUGAUAUGGCAUAGUCAUCAUGUUAAAGUCUCGCACAUUUUUGGAUGCCCAAGUCCAGACUUAACUGAAGUCGCAGUUGCUGUCUGCAGUUUAGAUAUGGUGUAGUCAUUAUGUUAAAGUCUCGCACAUUUUUGGAUACCCAAGUCCAGACUUAACUGAAGUCGCAGUUGCUGUCUGCAGUUUAGAUAUGACAUAGUCAUUAUGUUAAAGUCUUGCAAAUUUGUCAAUGCUUAAGUCUUGACUUGAAAAGAUUUAUAAGCAUGGGAAAAGAUCAUCACUAAGAAAAAACUACUUUUUAAAUCAGAUUUUUAUUGUAGCAGUGAGAGAACAUUCCAGUUAAACAGUGAAGAGAUGAGGAUACAAGUGGUCAUUUUAUACAGUGUCCGUUUAAAUGAGAUGAGCUUGCAUUACAUUAAAGAGAAAGGGGUUCCUAGUGGGAUGUGUCACUUUGAUGUGAAUCAAGAUAUUCUGAAACAUAUUCAUGUCAUGAUUUUGGCUUUGUAAGUAACGAAUAUAUUAAUGGGAUUUUGUCCAAAUUUGUCUAAUUGUUUAGAGUUACACUAUUUUAUAGGACGUAUUGUUAAGAUAACACAGGGCUCUACGUUAGUUCUCAACAAUAAAAAAACCCAGCCUCGGUGGCGUAGUGGUUAUGCCAUCAGACUACAGGCUGGUAGGUACUUGGUUAACAGCCUGGUACCGGCUCCAACCCAGAGCGAGUUCUUAAGGACUCCG